AUGGAGAUGAGGCUUGUCGCUUGCGAGCGUAUGUCAGGGACACAAUGCUCGAGAAAGACUCCAUUGAGUUUGUGCUUCAUGAAGCAGCCUGUCUGCAAUGGAGAUGAGGCUUGUCGCCUGCGAGCGUAUGUCAGGGACACAAUGCUCGAAAAAGACUCCAUUGAGUUCGUGCUUCGUGAAGCAGCUUGUCUGCAAUGGAGAUUAGGCUUGUCGCCUGCGAGCGUAUGUCAGGGACACAAUGCUCGAAAAAGACUCCAUUGA